AUGGACCCUCAAUCCUUAUCCCAGCAUCAUGACUCCGUUAUUACCACCACCAGAAGCCCCACCUUUUUAUGUGGGCUUCAAGAAAUGGCCAAGCGUAUCACCCAGCUAAAGAAGAAUGGCGACAACUUCAAUAUAUGGGAGCGACAACUAAAAGUGACGAUACGCAGUCUUACUGGUUCAACCACCUAUUUAUCUCAUGAAGCAGACCAACACGAUCGCCAGUUGGACGAAGUAGUGUUCAACCUGAUCUUCUGGUCAAUUGACGAAGACCUGCAACUGGACCUUAAGAUUGAUGGCUCGGCCAAAGAUGCUUUUCGAAUCUUGACAGUUCAAUGCAAUGCUCUCCCAUUGAAUCCACAGGCUGAAUGCAUCGCCAGUAGGCACAAAAUUGCAGGCAUCUUACAAAUUGAAGAUAUCAUGCAAAAUAUUGUCGACAUUGUUCACGAGCAGUCUAUUUCCGAAUUCAAUGUCAUCAAAGAGAGAGAACUGGCACGUCUGGAAGUACACGAGCCACCUACUUUCAGCGGGAAGGGUCCGGCAUACAAAGUAUACUACGAUCACUGUGGUCCACCGAUUCUCAAUACGUUUCAAAACCUGGCUGUAGUCAAUCGGAUGUCUCACAGGCUUUGCCUUCCCAAGUUGUGGCAGAAGAUUCAAUUGCCCAGCGCACGUCCUGCUCCUAUGUCACUUUGGACCAACAUGUUACUCUCAAAAUAUGGUGAAAAAGUAAAAUCCUUUGGAUUUGAGUUGGCAGACAGCUGUCUUGAUCGCAAUAGCUAUAAUUUUAUGGACAUUGAAAAGCAUAAGUAUGAUAACACCAUGUUAUGUGCUAUACCCGCAUCGCCGGGGUGGAUAAAAGACGUUAGAUACGGAAUUCGCUCGGAGAACGUCGAGAAGAUUCUCAAAUCGUGUCCUAAUCUAGAGUCUGUGUCUGUAAUCAUUCCUUAUCACGUGGCCGAAGGGGAAUUGGCCCGCUUGGGACGCGUACUGGAAAUUAGCCCUCUCCCAAAUCUUCAAGCUCUGAAAUUAGAGAACCGUGACCACACCAGACUCCUACAAGCAGAUGAAUUUGUGAUUAGUCUUCUCCGAGGAUUGAAAUCUCUCGUAUCAUUGGAACUCUGCCGCUUUGGUUUCAGGCAGGAAGCCAUAGAAGAAUCUUUGGGAUGGACCUUGGCUCAGCAAGAGAAGCUUCGCAAAAUACGUUUCGAGCAAGUCACAUGCGAGGAUGGGACUUGGACCUUGAACGCCUGGCUUCAACGACUUGAGACUCUGGAACUCGAUUCUUGUCCCGGAUUGUCAACUCGCGCAUUGCACGGACUACUCAGCGGUUCUCAGUCUGCACCUUCUCUUAUUAGACUUCACCUUGCGCUUGGGCUUGGGCAAUCUUCAGACGAACUAGAUGUGAACGCUCGGUUUGAUCUCCCGGUUCUCAAGGAACUCACCGUGGAUUCCCUUGCAGCUAUCAAUCUAAUGUUUAGCUUUGAAAACUGUAAAGAUAUAGAAUUGUUGAAAUGUGGUAUAAGUCUGAAGAAUGAACAGUGGGAGUUGAUGAAGCAUCACUUGUCUAUAUCUACUUGGCCUAAGCUCUCGGUUUUGAGUCUUUCUCGGGCACAUGGGAUGAUAGCUAAGGAGGAAGUGGAUGAAAUUCGGGAUGCUUACAACAUCAAACUCUUGAUUGAUUGA